GUUUUCCAAAUAAAUCCAGAGAUGAACAACUAUUCAUGAGUGAUAGUACUCACCAGUAUGGAGACGACUUUUCCUCUUCCUUGAGUACAAUAGCGUAGUGAACUUGCUAUUGCUAUAGUUCUUUUAGUGGCCCAGGAGUCUGUAUCUAAAAUCAUAAAAGAAUAGCAUCAACAAGAUGGAAGACGACCUGUUAGCACCAGAGGAUGGACCAGAGGACGAGCUGGCCGCAUUCUUCGAGGGCUGCGAGCCCGACGAGGAGGAUCUCGCAGACACUGCUGCGCUUUUCGCCGCUCCACCUAAUGGUGAAGGAGAACAGGAGCAGAAUGGAACAACGAGCGGACAAGCACCCCCUCUGUUGACGGGUUCCUUUACAAGUGGGGGAUCCUCCUCUAGCACUGCAGGAGCUGGCGCACGUCCUCCAGCAGGAAAAGAAAAUGCAGUAGUUGCUACUGGAAAUGGCCAGAAGAGAAAUAGCAAGGCUGCUGCUGGAGGAGCCACAAGCAGUGGUCGUGGAGGUGGGCACAAAAAACGUGUUCCUCCUAAAGCUGGUGCAGCUGGAAGUGGAGCUUCUAGUUCUACGAGUGGCAAAAAUGUGAUGAAACGUCCUGCCAGCAGUGGUGGAGCGGAAGACGAUUUCGUCGCAGGUGGAGGGGCUUCUUCCACCUCGAGCAGGCGGCGACGGAAGGGAGGAGAUCAAGCUGAUACUGUUGGGAACGAAAAUGCGCUUGCCAUAGUAGAUCCGAGAGGCGUCGAAAAGCCAUGGGCUGGACAGAUGGAUGAGUCUUUGCCACUACAAGCCCAGCGCGAAGAGCACCUGAAAAAUACUGCUACCGGCAACAGCUUCUCGUUGCACUCGAGCAUCUCAAACACCGUCCAAAAACCGAAAACCGCCUUUGAACUCUUCGUGGAGGAAAAUUGCGUGGACAACGAGCAAGCAGCUUGGACCGUGUGCACAGAUAAAGAGAGAUACGAGGAACUUGCGAGACAAGACAAAACAAGGUACAACUAUCUAUUAAAGCAGAAACAGCUUUUUUCCUAGUUAGGGCUCCACCACUAUUUUCAUGAACUUCAAAUUCAAUUCACAUAAAUGAAUGCUUAAUCUGUUCUUUUACAAACAUACUUAAAUGAAAUGACUCCAGGUACGAAGAAGAGUUGAAUGUAGCGCAUGGUGUGAAGGAAGACGGGCUGUUCUCCCUGAUCUUGUUAGCAGGUCAGAAAAAGCAAGGAGAAGAAUCGGGCGACGCUGAAAAGGGUUCGAACGCGAAGGAACCAGAUGCAGCAGCAGACUUCGAUGCGCUCCUCGGUGGCUCUGACGGUAUUGGAAUGCAGGAUUCGAGUGAGGGAUCCGGGUACAACAUAUUAUUGAUAUUCUUUCUACUCGAGGUGUGCUUCUCAAGCACCAGAGAAAUUGUAAUACUUUGCUCAAAUGUUAUGCCUGAGAAGAUACUUAAAUGUAAAUUGCUAUGACUCGUAUCUUCCUAGAUAUGAUGGCAUGUGCCUCUUACUGCCCAAAUCGGAUCAUGACAAAAUCUUUCAUCUCCAGGCCCGCGGCGAGGAGAGACCAACUUGCGAUGCUAAAUCCACCUGCCUUGGGCAGCGCUGUGGAUGGUGAUGAAUCUGGCCAAGCGCCUCAGGUGAGGCUUGACGAAGAUGGGAAUAUCAUUCUUGACGAUGCCAUCCAGCAGGACAAUCAAAUGGACCUCCACAGAGCGGUACUAGUAUUUUCAUUUAUACCUGCUUUACCUUGACAGGUGGAUUACACGUAGAUGUUGUGCUUGUGACGAAUUUUUGAAUUUUUAUGACUGAAAAAGAGGAUCAGGGUCACCAAGAUGCCUGUUGAUUGCAAAUAAUUCAUUAAUCCAGUAAAUGAAAACGAAAGUAAUCCUAUUUUUUAAUCCUUGUAGCUAUUAUAUUCCAAUUCCAUAAACUACAACAGGGUGCCGCAUUGAUUCCUACUUCGGGUAACAAGAAGAGUAAUAGGGGUGUGAAUGCGCGGUCGAUGCGGUGGUCCGAAGAAGAGACUGAGAGGUUUUACAACGCGGUGAGGGCUUUCGGGUUCGAUUUGGUUCUUAUAGGUUCCGUGUUUCCCUCACGGAACGCGGCGCAGAUCAAAUCCAAGUACAACCAGGAGAUGAAGAAAAACGGAGAGAAGAUGAACGACGCCUUCAACGAUCGCACCGACUCCCGCACCUUUUUUGAGGUCCAGACGGGGAAGAAAAUAGACGAGAGCCAGCAUUGGGUUGCGCCGGCUCUUCCUGCUGGCGAUUCUGCACUGGCACUCGAAAACGCAGCUGCCGGUGACGGCAUCAAUGGCCAGAUCAGGAGUCUAGCUGAUCGGCCCGCCGACUUCUCGUUUGGUGCUCCAGUUCCGGCACUCGGCGCAAAUGCAUUCAACGACCUCGACGCCAACGAGCCGCCGCGUGGUGCGCACAGGCAACGGGGCGCGAGCAAACCGCGUAUUUCGCUCCCAGGUGCUGCUCGCCUUGGCGCUGGCAAUGCGAAUAACAACUUUAAUGCACCACCUGCGCCCCCGCCAGACGAAACCUCUCAACUCAUGGACGAAUUAUUUGGUAGCUAAAUUUAAACUUCUUUCCCCAUCUUUAUAAGAAGUUUUCUCGCCCCACCCAGUAAACGAACAAGAGAAGAUGUGAUGGAAUUGAAUGAACAGGAUCAAAAUGACAAGUAUUAAAUUAGUUUUUUUCUAAAAGAACGAAGGGAUUCGAACAUUGAACAGAAAUCUGACGACUCCACUCAACGAACUGAGUUCGUACAUUAAGAGAUCAUCAAGAACAUGAAGACCUAGGGUGCAGC